AUGCCGAAGCAGAGCGCCGCGGAGGAGACUUUGCGCGCGGUGCUGACGCCGCUGCUCCCGCCCGGGGUCGUGAUCACGCACGUCACGAGCCACGGCGCCGCGAGGUUAGAGGACGUGAACGACGAGUCACCGCUCGGGGGGAUCCCGACGGAGGUGUCGGCGUCGGCGUGGAGCGAAGGCGAAGACGGCGGCGCGGCGGCUGAUGCGGCGGCGCCGGAGGCGAGCUCGGCCGACGCCGCGCCGACGCGCUCGUUGGCCGCGUACCUCGCGGAGCUGAGCGCGGACGACGGCGACGACGGCGACGGCGACGGCGUGGUGGCGUUGUUCGACCACCAGUCCUUGGAUUGGCCCGGCGUCGACGCGUAUCGAGCCCCGCCCCAGGACGCGGCUGCGCUCAGGCCUGACGCGGCGGCGGCGCGGCUGCGCGCGUUCGCGCCGGCGGUCGCGCGACCCUCGCGCGCGACCCCGGACGCGAUGAAGCGCGCGCUCGAGCUCGCGGCGCGCUCGACCUGCUCCGGCGUCGUCGCCGCGCUCGUGGCGCCGUCGCCCGGGCCAGACGACGCGUCAAAGUUUUUCCUUCUCGCGGUCUCCGCUGCGCCGCCGUCGCGGGUAGACCUUCGCGCGCUGCUUCGACACUCCCCUCGCGCGCUCGACCUCGAGUCGUCGCGGCAAUUGGUGUGCUAUCAGCUCGCGCGAGAGCUCGCGCGCGCGCACGCGAGCGGGUUCGCGCUCGCGCCUCACGGCGGGUUGGACGCGAGAGACGCGUGGGUCGAAGGCGCGCCGCGGAGCCCGAUCGUUCGCGUCGCGGCGGCGCGGUCCUCCUUUCGGUGCUCCUCUUCCUCCUGUUCCGACGCCGACGCCGUGCGGGAGGCGACGAUCGCGUGGCGCGCCGGCGUGUUGAGCAACCUGGACUACCUUCUCGAGCUGAACGCGCGCGCGGGUCGGACGCGCGGCGACCGCGCGUUCCACGCCGUCGUCCCUUGGGUCGUCGACUUCGUGAACGACCCUGAUGAGGCGACCGACGAGGCGCGUACCUCCUCCUCCUCCUCCUCCUCCUCCACGUCCACGUCCACGUCGUCCCCGCUCGGACGCUGGCGCGACCUCACGAAGACGAAGUGGCGGCUGUGCAAGGGCGACGCGCAGCUCGAUCACGCGUUCGAGCACUCCGAUCACCACGUCUCGGACGACUGCCUCUCCGAGCUCGCGGUGUGCGUCUACAAGAGCAGGGUUCUACCCCUCUCUGUGUUGCGUCGUACGGUGCGUAAGAACUUCGUCGCGGACGAGUACCCUCGGACGAUCGCGCGCGUGUUCGAGUGGUCCCCGGACGAGUGCGUCCCGGAGUUUUACGACGACGCGAGCGUGUUUAAGAGCGCGCACCCCGAGGACGUCGGCCUGCGCGACCUGGAGGUGCCGAGCGGGUGCGACUCCCCCGAAGAUUUUGUGGCGAAGCACCGCGCCGCGCUCGAAUCCGACGUCGUCUCGAGAGGACUCCCCGCGUGGAUCGACCUCACGUUCGGCGUCGCGCUGCGAGGCGAGGACGCGAUCAGGGCGAAGAACGUCAUGGUCGAGCCCGCGGACGUCACCGCGCCGAGGGGGUUCGGACGGGUCGCGUUGUUUCGAACGCCGCACCCGGCGCGAGGGCUCGCGGCGCCUCGGUUGUUAGUACCCGAUCGGUCGCCGUCGCCGCCGCGGUCGUCGAUCGACGCGGACGAGGACCCCACGCGACGCGCGUCGCACUCGUCGCUGCUCGGCGACGACCGCAUACCGUUAUUGACGAUCGCGCCCGCGGACGUGCUCGAGGCGCUCGAUCCGCCGCCGCCGCCGCCGGCGGCGACGGAGCGAGAGACGCGCGCGCGGACGCUUCGCGACGCGGCGCGGGAAGACGUCCGCGCCCUCGGCCGCGUCUUCGCCGCGGUGUACGCGCGCGACGUCGCCGUCCUGGACAUGCCGAUUACCGAGGUGGAGAAAUCCGUCGUGCCGUCGCUGCCGCUGGUCGUCCGCGCGACGGUCGCGUCGAUGACGUCGACGCGCGCGUCGGGGGGCGCGCCGACGGCGGCGGCGGUGCGCGAUUCCACGCUCUUUCCGCGACGCGUCCGCGUCGCCGCCGACGCGCUGGCGACGAUACGCGCGGCGCGCGCGGGGAUCCCUCGCGCGACCGCCGCGGCAGCGGCGCUGCGGAACGGCGCCGCGACUUGCGGCGUCGAAGCCGCGGAGCUCAUCGCGCCGGCGGCGAUUCGCGCCGUCGCGGACGCGCUGUCGCCGGUGGGCGCCGUCGCCGGGGAGAUUUUGUCGCUCGUCGCGAGGCGCGCGCCCGCGGAGGUCUCGACGACGCUCCUCGCGCCGUGCAUCGCGGACGUCCUCGCGCUGGGGAGCGUCGGCGGCGGCGGGGGCGGCGGCGGUCGCGGAGAGACCGCGGACGACGCCGACGCGGAAGAAGACGCCGCGGACGCCGCGCGCGCGUCCGCGCUCGCGGACGACGUCCUCCGUCCCGUUCAAAGGGCGCUCGGCGCGGCGAGUUUCCGGCUCGAGGUGGUUCCGCUGCUCGUGCGGUGCGUCGUCUCGCGCGCGGCGAGCGCGCGCGUCGGCGCGGCCGCGUGCGCCGCGCUCGCGUCGCUCGCGUCGAGAGAGCCCCUCCCCGUCGCCCUGCGCGUGAUCGUCCGUCCGCUGCUGAAGGCGACGUCGCGGCGUCCUUCGAAGACGGACGGCGGCGGCGGCGGCGGCGGCGGCGGCGGCGGCGGCGGCCCCGCCCCCGACUCCGCGAGCGAGCGCGCCGCCGUCGCCUUGACGUCGAUCGCCGAGGCGUUGGGCCCGAGCGUCACCGCGCGGCACGUGCUGCCCGCGCUGGUCGCGACGGUCUUCAAGCCGACCCGCGGCGGCGGCGACGUAGACGACGUCGCGAUGACGCUGUACGCCAGCCUCGGGGACGUCGUCGGUCUGGGGAGAUUGCGCGACGUCGUGCGCGACGCGUCCGCCGUCGAGGCGUCGCUCAUCUCCGAGCGGCGGUGGAAGCCGUCGAGGGAGGCGCUCGCCGCGGGAACGCCGUGGGAACAACGCGAGGACGCGGCGGCGAGCGGCGCCGCGCAGCACGGCGGCGGCGGCGAUCGAUUCGGAGGGCUCGUCGGUCGCGGGCUGAACGGUCUCCGCGACCGGCUCAAGGAGGGAUGGCAAGGGCUGGGGGAUUCUUCGGAUCGCGUCGCGACGGCGGCGGCGGCGGCGGCGGCGGCGGCGCCGGCGCGCGACGACGCCGACGCCGACGCCGACGCCGACGACGAAUACGACGACGCGCACGACGCGCGCGCGCCGUGGGGAUGGCUUCCCCGCGUCGGGUACUCCCCCGCGGACGACUCCGAAGCGCCGUGGGAGUUGCGACUGGAAACGUUGACGUCUUGGCGCGCGCACCGCGAGCGAUGCGCGUUCGUCGCCGCGUCCGACGACGAAAGUUAUCUCCUCACCGGCGGCGGCGAUGGCGUCGUCCGCGUGUGGUCGACGGGCGGGACGACGAGCGGCGGUCCGAUCGCCUCGCACGACACGCACGGACCGUUCACGCCGACGUGCGCGACCGCGGGCGCGGGCGCGGUCGGCGAGCGGUUUUCGCGGUCGCCGUCGUUCGACGACGCGUCGCCGUCCGCGAAACGCGACGGCGCCGACUCGCGUCGCGUCUCCUUCGAAACGACGAGAGAAAGACCACCGUUGUCGACCGCUCGUGUUGUCGGCUUCACGUGCCUCUCCGCGACGUCGUCGUCGUCCUCGAUCGUGAUGGGGACCGCGGACGGUCGCCUGCGAUUCGCGGACGCCGAAGUCGGGACACUGGGCGCGUCGUGGCGAUGCGCGCCGCGCGCCUCCUCCUCCUCCUCCUCCGACGCGACGGCGACAUCGACGGGCGGCGGGAUACGAUCCGUGGCGCAGAUGCAGUCGUGGAUCGUCGCCGGCACCGGGGACGGGCACGUGAGCUUCCUGGACGCGAAGGGCGGGAGGCUCAUCGCGGGGUUUCCCGCGCACGACAGCGCGGUGACGUCGCUCGCGAGCGGCGGAAUAGGCGGCGGCGGCGAGGGCGGCGGCGGGCACGGGCACCGCCUCGUGACCGCUUCGGACGAUAAGACGAUCGCGGUGUGGGACGUUCGGAAACUCACGAGCUCGAUGACGACCGGCGGCGGGUACCGCGCGGCGUUGCUGGCGUCGUUCGUGGGGCACAAGGACGCCGUGGGCGGCGUCGCGCUGCGCGAGAACGACGCGUUCACCGUGGGGGGCGCCAAGGUUGCCGUGUUUUCUCUCGACGCGCGCGGCGGCGGCGGCGGCGGCGGCGGGGGACGAGGGUCGUGGACGUCGUCGAAGCAGACGCACAUCACGCCAUUACGUCUGCGCGGUCGCGCGACCGGCGCGGAAGAGACGGUCGGGCUUUCCUCUAUCGCGGUGUUGCCGCAGUCGAGGCUCUUCGUCGUCGGCGCGGACGACGGCGCCGUGAAAAUCUGUCGCUGAUGCGUUUUUCUCUCGGAGCCGAGGCGUCGUCGCGUCGCGGAAUAGCACAUAGCACUCAUCACAUCACGUAGCGAGUAUCUUUCAUUAUAAGGUGAUGAUUAUCGAGUCUCA